UCUGGCCAACGUGGUUCUGUCCUUGUACGUCACCGGUGUUAAGCUACAGGGCGUCGCAUCCUUAAUACUCCAUUCUUAUAAUUCAACUCAACUCCCUUCGUCUCAUCCCCAGCUUGAUAAUCAAGCCGUUAUCGUAACGGGAUUUUAACCAUGUCGACGCCAAAAUACGCCCAGUCAAAGGUCAUCUCCAGGGGCCCAUUGGACCCCAGCGAAGCUAGAUGGGCUAGGUUGAUCAAGACCACUUACUGUGACCCCAAUGGAGUGGAGAGGACGUGGGAGUCGGCGGAGCGAAAGACCCGGCCCGCCAACUGUGAGAUCGAUGGCGUUGGCAUCGUGACCAUCUUGAAUCAUUCGACCGGUCCAGAGCUCCUCUUGCAGAAGCAAUACCGUCCUCCCAUCGAUAAGGUGGUCAUUGAGGUCCCUGCGGGUCUGAUCGAUGCAGGAGAGACGGUUGAAGAAUGCGCAGUUCGCGAACUCAAGGAGGAGACGGGGUACGUGGGUGUCGCUGAGCAGACCAGCAGUGUGAUGUACAAUGACCCCGGCUUCUGUAACACCAGCCUGAACAUGGUCCACGUACGAGUCGACAUGUCCCUGCCUGAGAACCAGGACCCGAAGCCGCAGCUCGAAGACAACGAGUUCAUCGAGUGCUUCACGGUCCCGCUCACGUCGCUUUUUGACGAGAUGAAGAAGCUCGAGGACGAGGGGUACGCCAUCGAUGCCCGCGUGGGCACGAUAGCCGAGGGCAUUGAGCUGGCAAAGAGACUGAAGCUCUAGUAAACCGGCCCCUCCGUUCCAUUACAUGUCUAUAGA